AUGAGCCAGCCCGUUAUUGGCGGUCAGGCAACUGAGGAAGCCAAGCUAGAGCGUUUGUUUGGCCAUAUGGAGGAUUUGCGUGUCUCGGAAUCGGCACUCGAAUCUGUUAGCGUAUCGGAAGACGAAGAUGAUGAUGAAGAUUCUAGUGCUCUCGACGAGGACGAAGACAACGAUGUGGAGGGCAGCGAAGAGGAAGAAACAAGCUGGAUCACAUGGUUUUGUUCCUUAAGAGAGAACAGUUUUCUGUGUGAAGUAGAUGAAAACUACAUUGAAGACGAUUUUAAUCUCACUGGACUCAGCAGCAUCGUGCCGUAUUAUGACUACGCGUUAGACAUUAUCUUGGACAUUGAGACGCCAAACGACAGUAGUCUCACGCAGAUUCAGCAGGAGAUGAUCGAGUCUGCGGCCGAAAUGCUAUAUGGACUUAUUCAUGCGCGUUACAUAUUAACCACUAAGGGCAUGGCGGCCAUGUUGGAUAAGUAUCAGGCUGUAGACUUUGGUCGUUGCCAUCGCGUCUACUGCCAAGGACAACCAGUGCUUCCGGUUGGGCGAUCAGAUGUACCUCGACACACGACUGUUAAUGUCUUCUGUCCCAAAUGUCGUGAUAUCUUUUUUCCGAAGUCGCAACGAGCAGGCCAAAUUGAUGGUGCAUACUUCGGUGCAACAUUCCCGCAUGUGUUCCUUAUGACGCAUACCCAACUGGUGGUACAGCCGCCAACACAGGCGUAUGUCCCACGCGUAUUUGGCUACAAGAUUCACAAAUCGAGUGAAUACUACACUGGCAAAAAGAAGAGCUCGUCUGGCCGCGAGCGAGAAAAGUAUCGAAAAGUCAUGACUCUGAUAGACCGCUUGAAGGGUCGACCGAAUGACGAACAACAGGCUAGGUAA